AUGGAGCGCAUCGCGGUCCUCGCCAGGCAGGUCGUGUUUGCAGAGCGGGCUGCAAGCGCACAGGCCACCCCGUGCAGCGCAGACGUCGCGAAGGAGAUCGCCCCGACGGGGAAGCUCCGGGUUGCCCUCAAUAUGCGUAACGAGAUGCUGGUGAGCGGGAAGAGCGCCGACGGGACUCCGGAAGGCUUGGCGCCCAGCGUUGCUGCUGCAUUUGCGGAGAAGAUCGGGGUCCCCGUGGAGUUCGUUCCCUACAGUUCUGUGCCGGACAUCUCGAAAGACGCUGAGGCGGACAAGUGGGACGUGGCGAUGAUCGGCGCCGACCCCUCCCGCGCCGAGCACGUGGACUUCACUGCGCCCUAUUGCCAGAUCGAGGCGACCUUCGCCGUGCCCACGACCUCGGGCGCCCAGAAGUGCGAGCAGAUUGACAAGGCCGGGGUAAAGAUCGCGAGUUGCAAGGGCGCCAAUUACACCUUGUGGUUGGAGAGGAACUUGAAGCAGGCCACACUGGAGGCUAUCGAAGGGCACGACGAGACCUACGAGUACUUUACGGAGAACGCCAUGCAAGCCAUCGCCGGGCUCCGCCCCAAGCUCAAGAAGGACAACGCGAAGCGGCCUGGCACGCGGAUCCUGAAGGACAAGUUCAUGGCCGUCGAGCAGGCGGUGGGGCUCAAGAAGGGUCGCCCGGAAGGCUUCAAGGCCUUGUCGGAUUUCAUUACAGAGGCAAAGAAGUCUGGACUUAUCAAAGAUCUCAUGAAGAAGUUCAAGGUUGACAAGGACCUCGCAAUUCCAUGA